GCUGUUUGGUACAUGAAAGUUCUCAUCUGAACUGCUGUUACUUUAACUAAAAAAGUAUUGUUGUAGACACGUUAUCUUUUAUCAAUAGCUUGUAGUAUUUGUGUUUUUUUCUUCUAGUGUGUACACAUGGGCGCCUAUUUACAUUCGCUUAAUGAUAUGGAUCCGUCGCUUUUAAUUACAUCAUGAAUUAAUUUUUUAUAUCUAAGCAGCAGUAGAACAAAACUGCUUAUGGGUAACUUGAACAGCCAGUCACAUGAAGCCACUGUUACUGGGAAAAACACCAGAGCUGGAUUUUGCUUUGUCAUAAUGUAUUAUUUUGUAAAGUAGUAAAUUUAUCGAUUUGUUAAUCACGUUUUGAAACUCGCGAACAGACACGGUGGUGCAAUCGUUUCCCACCAGCAGCCCGCUGUCACAGUGGAACUUCCCUCUGUGAACCCCGGUAGGUGCGGAGGGUGAGGACAGGGGGACCUCCUCUGGUGCCAGGACACUGUCCGGCACCAUGGACAGCGGUGAGGUGGGCCGGUUACUGGAGGAGUGCCUCAAAGCAGCAGAGGCGGCGGCGCUGCGGUCCGAAGCGCCCGGAGGAGCGGAGACCCUCGACUACUGCAGCUGCAGAGAGUCCCUGUGUGCAGAACUGGCCUCUCUCCUGCAGGAGGCAGUGGAGAUGAAGUGGCCCUUUGUGCCCGAGAAGUGGCAGUACAAGCAGUCAGUCGGUGCAGACGACAAGACCAACCUCAGCGACCUCAUCAGCAAGCACCUACCUGAGCUACUGGCCAUUUUAAGAGCUUCCAUCGUGGCACAGGAGGCCUCUACAGCCCUGGCAGUGGUUUUCCUAGUCGAUCGCUUCCUCUACUGGACCGACGAGUCCAGCCGGUUGUUAAAGAUCACUAAGCUGCUCCACAGACGCCACCCCGACACCCCUGUGGCUCCUCAGCUGGUCAUACGACAGGCCAGGGUCUACCUCAACUCAGGCAAACUGCAGAAGGCAGAAUACAUCCUGAGCAGUCUGAUUAAUAACAGUGGGGACACGGGUUGUUGGGUGUACCACUCUGACAGUGACAGGGCUCUAGUACAGGCCGUGAGUGUUCAAGUCCGUGGAGUGAUUUUACAAAAGUUAGGUCUGUGGCUGGAAGCUGCCCAGUUGAUCUGGGCUUCUCUAGUUGGAUUCUACUCGCUUCUUCAGCCGGACAAAAAGGGCAUUUCAACCUCUCUUGGCAUACUGGCCAACAUAUUGCUCUCUAUGAAUGAUGAGGACUUCCAGACGUUUAGGACAAAUCCAGACAUUGAACUGUCUGUGCUCGGGGACGUUAGCCAUCGUCUUCUUUCCGCGGCCCAGGCAGCAAAGAUGGCGGUGAUAUACAGCCAGUACACCUCAUUCUAUGUGUUGACCAAUGUGGCAAUUCAAGGGACCUGCUUGUUGUCGUACAGUUUCUCGGUGGAGUGCCCGGACUCUCAAAGGCGGUCGUUUCUGCUGGAGGCCAGGGACGCAUUUACAAUUGGCCUGCUCACCAAGUCGGAGGGUGAGCCGAUCAGCAGUCAGCAGGAGCUUCACACCUUCCUCAAGACCGCGUACUCCCUCACCGUCGCCCAUAAAUGGCUCGGCACUCCUCUGGAGGUCGUGGCUCAGGCAACACAGUCUUGCCAACAAGCCUUAGCCAUUUUCUAUGAUUACUGCCACGCAGAGACCGAAGCCAGAGACGGUCUCUGUGCUGACAUCAUGAAUCUCGUGGCUCGGGUCAAGCUUGUGUUGCAAGUGGAACCUUUCCGUAAUUCGGAAAAGGGGUCUUUCGCCCCGGACAGCUACAGAAACGUCAAACAGGCAUCUGUUAAUUUUACUCUGGAAGGUUUCUUUAAGGUGAUGCAGAGCUUCCGGAAGUAUCACGCGUCACUGUGUCAGACCAUUGAAUCCAGAUGUAAAGGGGCUAAAGAUGAGAUAGACGGGCCAAAGUUGUGCAUUACUGCACUGGGGACAACAAUUGGUACACUCAGCACAGAAUGUGCCACCGAGAGCUGCAAAGUGUCAAAGGAGACAUCCAACGAAUCAAACUCAUCUGUUUCGCAAUCACGUCGAAGGCUGGAAGUCUUCACCACCAUGGACAGCACGGAUGAUCUUGGCUCUUCAUGGCAGAACUUCUCAUUGAGUGUCUCGGAGUCUCCUCAGCCCAGCAGCAGUGGAUGCACCGGGGGAGCAGGAGCAAACUCAAGCCACCUCAGUUGUGUGACCACAGGGAUUGAAGAUGAAAGCUCUGACAUCAGCCCACAAAGCACAGGUGGAAAGAAGACCCAAAACAUUCAUGGUAGCAACUCUGUCAGUUCCAAAGGAGUCCCAAGAUUUCCUAUAGGCUCCACGUCCUCUUCCAAUGCGAGCGGUAAUUCGGGGCAGUUUGAAGUGAUAGAAGCUGGGAUAGAGACACUAGACAGUGCGGAGGAUUGGACUGAUGACGCUGCUGGUUUAGCACAGACACCAUCACCAGUAGUUGAAGGAGCACCACAGUCCUUAUCCCAGCUAAGGUUCAGAACAUUCUCCAGCUCUCUCAGUGACAGCUUCGGUUCCCAGUCAUCAUGGGAGAAAAUCUCCGGAGACCUGAGCUCCCCCACAAACCCAAAACACCGGUCAAAAGCAGAACCUUGGAAAAGCAGCCUGUCCCCCGGGUCAGAUAGGAGCUUCUUUCUCCUGGAAACUGUUGAUUCAGAAACCAGUGAUGCAGUCCAUGAUCCCGUGUGGAAAAAUCAACCAGCUGGUGGAAAUUUGGGUCCGGCCUUCAGUCCACUCCAUCAAGAGCAUCUUAAUGUUCCCAGUCAAAUAGCUAACGAGAAUGGAUCUGGGCCUAACGACUCUUUCCUACCACCACAGCUCAAACCUUCCCAGUGCACCUCCACUGAACCCUCCACAGAGAGUUCGUUCGAGAUGCUGGAGGAGAAUCCAAGUUUACCCGGUGACGUUUCUGCUACAGGAAGUGUAAACGUCCCCCAGAGGAAGAACCCCUCAUGCUAUAGCUGCCACAAGCACAGCUCUGGAGCUAGCGUUGUUCCUGAGAGACAGUAUCACUUGUCACACCAGGAUUACCAAGCUCUGCUGGCCGGAGUUUGCAACGAAUGUCUGAUGAGGAGGCUGCACAGUAACAAGAUGCACUUCAAGCUGAAGGAACACCAAACUGCAUACAGUGCCCUGCAUUUGAAGUUCUCCAGAGCCACAGGGCUGUGGACAGCAAGGGAGACCUGUGCUUACGUCGGAACGCCAAUGGGGAUGGAGGGCAAGCAGAGAACCGCUAUAUGGGUCCAGUUUCUACACCAGGAAGAAAGAUUAAGCAGCUACGUGGGAAAAGACUACUUGAAGCCAAGGCCGAUCCAGUUUCACCUGAAAGACGUGGAGAGACAGAUGACGGCCCAGUAUUAUGUGACGGAGUUCAACAAGAGCCUUUACGACAAGGAAGUCAUGGCUCAGAUCUUCUUCAUCCCCUCAGAAGCUCUGUUGAUGCUGAAUGGAGAUGAGAUCGUGGGCUGCGUCACGGUGGAACCCUACAUGCUCGGGGACUUUGUCAAACUGACCAACAACACCGGAAAAAAGGACAAGAGCUUCCAGGCUACAGAAUACGGCCUUGCCUUCGGACACUUCACCUACCUGUUCUCCCGCUGCCAGGAAGUUGUUGUAGACCUUCAAGGAUGGGUGACAGCCAACGGCAAGGGGCUGAUUUACCUCACUGACCCCCAGAUCCACUCCGUCAAGGCCCCCAGAGGCCCGUCCAACUUUGCUGCCAGAGGUCUUAGGUACUUCCUGGAGGAGCAACAUGGGCCAGAAUGUAAUACCAUUUGUAAGCUGCUCAGUCUACCUCCACUGGGCACACAGCCGCAUGUUCUUCCCCAAAGUGUCUGAAGAGUCACAGAUAUUGUGUGGACUACAAAAUGAUUAUUAUAAUUACUAUUAUACUAUUAUAAUAUACUAUUACUAUUACUACUAUAAUUUACUAUAAUACCUAAUACAGCUUAGAUUACUUCUUUGACUGCCGGGCAUCUGUUUUUUUUAGUAACAUUUUUUUUAUACACUAUACAGAUAAUAGGAAUAGAGAUAGAGAUUAAAGCAGGGGUAGUUUACUGUAAAUCAACAUACAGUACGUAAAUUGACCUCAGAUUGACCUCAAAGGCAGUGAGAUUAGAUGCCAGACAUCUCACGUGGCUGAGACUGAGCUACAGGCUAUGGACUGGUGGAGGUUUAAACAGAUAUAAUUGGAACAUUUUAAUUCAUGAUUAUCGCCAUGAUUAUAAUUUGUUUUAAAAGUCAACUUAAAAUUCAAAAUCUUUAAGGCCGAAAAACUGUCCAUAGUGUUGAGGGAUGGGGAGAAACACACUCAUUGGUGUCACUUUGUGUAUGACUUUGUGAUGUGAGAACUGCAACCAUCAACCUCAUCUGAUGAAGGUGUUUGGGAAACCUGGACACUGCAUUUAUGUGAUGCCUGAGUUCGAGUGUGGACACAAUAAACAAUUCAGAUCACACUGACUGCUGGUGAGCAGACUGUCAAAAUAAAAGACUUCCGCAUCUUUGGCUA